AUGGCAACCCAAAAUUCAUCCCACUUCGAGAUUGAGGUUAUCAUCGACACACCCGCUACCAUAACAACAAUUGCCACAAGAGAUCAGCCUAAUCUUUCCUUAAUUGUUUCUAGAUUUCAUGCUGGUUAUUUUAGAAUAAGCCUUUCUCUGGGUGGCCAAGCUUUAUUAUGGAAGACACUGAUCGGACCAACUGAUGAUUAUACAAGCACUCUGCGACAUGUCUUCCACAUACUCCACCCCACAGCUUUUCGUGUAUUGUGGUUUCUCGCUCUCUUUGUCCUUAUUUUACUUUCUCUUCUUUACAUCUUGCGAUGCUUAUUUUACUUUAAGAUGGUGAAAGUAGAAUUCUUACACCAUGUAGGAGUUAACUAUCUAUUUGCUCCUUGGAUUUCAUGGCUUCUAUUACUUCAAUCUGCACCAUUUGUUACUCCAAAAACCUCCUCCUAUCUUGUUCUAUGGUGGGUUUUUGCAGUUCCGGUGGUGGCGCUUGAUGUGAAGAUUUAUGGUCAGUGGUUUACCAGAGGAAAGAAGUUUUUAUCAACAGUUGCAAAUCCAACAAGUCAGUUAUCGGUCAUUGGGAACUUGGUUGGCGCACAAGCAGCGGCUAUUAUGGGGUGGAAAGAGAGUGCUGUUUGCUUAUUUUCACUAGGGAUGGUGCAUUAUUUGGUGCUUUUUGUAACACUUUAUCAGAGAUUUUCUGGAAGCAAUCGGCUUCCAGCCAUGCUAAGGCCAGUGUUCUUCUUGUUCUUUGCAGCACCCAGUGUGGCGAGCUUGGCUUGGGAAUCCAUAGCGGGUUCUUUUGAUACUGCAUCAAAGAUGCUUUUCUUCCUCUCGCUGUUCCUCUUCACUUCACUGGUUUUUAGACCAGCCCUCUUCAAGAGGUCGAUGAGAAGGUUCAAUGUGGCAUGGUGGGCUUAUUCAUUUCCUCUGACUGUGCUUGCUCUAGCUUCAACUGAAUAUGCACAAGAAGUAAAAGGUGGCAUUGCAGACGUCUUAAUGCUUCUUCUUUCAGUUAUUUCCGUCUUGGUCUCCUUUUGUUUGAUAGUCUUCACUCUCCUCAACUCCAAAUUACUUUUACCAGACAAUGACCCGUUUGCUAACCUCGAUAAUAUUUCAACCCGUUCGUAG